AAUGGAGUCAGACAUCUCACAAGCCUUCCAGAAAGAACUCACCUGCUUCAUCUGCCUGAGUUGCCUGACAGACCCAGUCACCAUAAUCUGUGGUCACAGCUUCUGUCGAGCCUGCCUCCACCUUUCCUGGGAAGACAUCCAACCUCUUCUCCGAUGCCCUUUGUGUAGAGAACAAUAUGGGAAGGAAUUGAGAACCAACAUUGCUUUGAAGAAGCUGGUGUCCAUUGUCAGACAAGCCAGCCUCAUGAAGGACCUGAGCUCUGAGGAGCAAAAGUGUGUAACCCACAAGGAUACUAAGAGGAUCUUCUGUGCUGAGAACAAGAUCUUCCUCUGUCCACUCUGCUCUAACUCCCAUGAGCACAGAGGACACAGACACUUUCCCAUUGAAGCAGCUGCUGAGGAUCAAAUGGACAGACUUUUGAAGCAAAUGGCAUCUUUAUGGGAGAAGGUCCAAGAAAAUCAAGAGAAUUUAGAGUCAGUUAACUUAAUGAGAACUCUUUGGACGGACUACCUGAAUUUUCGGGAAAAAUUGAUCAGGACAGAGUAUAGGAAACUACAUCCACUCCUCUGUGAAGAGGAAGAGAAACAUAUUGAGUCUAUGAGAAAUGAAGGCCAAUGUGUUUUAGAGAAACUCAGGAGAAGUGAGGGAAUAAUGGUCCAAAAGAGCAAAGAACUAAGAGAAAUGUAUCAGGAGCUAAUGACAAUGUCCCAGGAGCCAUAUGUGGUCCUGCUGCAGGGUUUGGACGACAUGUUCAGAAGGUGA